AUGCAGGGCAGUAGCCAAGAGCAAAAAGAAGACCGUAACGAGAAGAGGACGAGAACAGCCCGGCCGGGCUCGAACAUCAACAUGCAAUGCACGCUCGCGACCAUGGAAUUUCGCAUCAUUCUCGCCUUCGCAGCGCUGGCCGCGGCCGCCUCCAACCACAGCUACGACGUCGGUCAGCGCUGGGGACCCUAUCGGCCCAACCUCUACUUUGGCGUGCGGCCCCAGGUCCCCAAAACGCUGCUGUCUGGCCUCAUGUGGGCCGAGGGCGGCGCGCGCAUGCUUGACACGCUGCGCGACACAUGCGAGCAAGAUGAUGGUAUGGAGGGAUACGGCUGGCCCCUCUACGACACUCGAGUCGGCGGGAGGCAGGAGAUUCACGACGCCCAGCUUGGUAUCGACCUGACUACCGAGUUUGUCAAGACGCCCGACGGCGACAACUGGGCUGUUCGCGUCAACGGCGUGUCUCGCAGCGAUGACGCGACGCCGCAGAUUGCCCUCGUCUUUCACUUUGCCUUGGAGGAGAUGGGCGUCGAAGAGACGGGCAAGUCGCUCAAGUGCCAGGUCGACGGCACAGAUGGUGCCAGCAAGGGCUUCUGUACAGGCACCGAUCCGUCACUGGGAGGUUUCACCGUCGAGCUUCUGCCUGGACAGGGAAAUUCCGUGGUGGAACAAGUAUGGGUCAUGAGCACGCUCGUACCAGAAGAAAAAAUAUGGCAGGCCAAAGCAACGUCUCUCACAAAGCUCCUCGGCGACUUUUACCUCUCCUUCCCCCAGCGCGUAUCGAGUGUCUUCCCACAAUCAGCCCCGUUUCAAGGCCAAGAUUAUGCAAAGUUCACCCAGGCUCUGCUCUCUAAUCUCAUGGGCGGCCUUGGGUUCUUCCACGGCGAUAGCAAGAUGGAUGACUCCCAUGCUCCCGAGUAUGAAGAAACCGACAUCAAGUUCUGGGAGCUGGCUGCAGAGGCCAUGAAGAGAGCAAAGGUGGUGACGGCCCCGCCACGCUCGCUCCUCUCCCACACCCCUUCACGCCCCUUCUUCCCUCGUGGGUUCCUAUGGGACGAGGGCUUCCACCUAAUACCCAUAGCUGAGUGGGAUUUUGACCUCACAGUCUCAGUGCUGCGCAGCUGGCUCAGUCUCAUGGACUCCGACGGCUGGAUUGGCAGGGAGCAGAUUCUCGGCCCCGAGGCUCGCAGCAAAGUGCCUUCCGAGUUUCAGGUCCAAUACCCCCACUACGCGAACCCGCAAACUCUCGCGCUUCUCUUCCCGAUCUUGCUGCAAAAGAUGACAGACCCGUCAUCGUACCGAGGCAGCCCGUCAAAGUAUCUAAGCGAUCCCGACGGAGCAGGGAAAACCAUGUUACGCGAGCUGUACGGCCUCCUGUCAAAACACUACGCCUGGUUCCGCCGCACCCAGGCCGGCAACUUUAGCACCACUUACCCUCGACCCGAAGGAGCCGUUGCCGUUGGGGAGGGCUACCGCUGGCGCGGGCGUACACCCCAGCACACACUGACAAGCGGCUUGGACGACUACCCCCGCGCCGAUCCUCCACAUCCUGCCGAGCUGCACGUCGACGCCCUCGCCUGGGUGGGUGCCACCUCGUCCGCCCUGGGCCGCCUGGCUGCGUACCUCGGCGAGGCCACCGAUGCGGAGACUUAUGAACAACACCACGAGGGCGUGCUGCGUAACCUCGACCUGCUGCACUGGGAUGAUGGGGCGGGCGCAUAUUGUGACUCGACCGUUGUCGACGGGCGAUUUGAGCGCGUCUGCCAUCUGGGCUACGUCAGCGUCAUUCCGCUGAUGCUGGGGCUGGUGGGUGCCGAUAGCCCCCGACUCCCAGCGCUCCUGGAACUGAUCGGUGACCCCGACCGGCUGUUUUCGCCGUACGGUCUGCGGAGCCUAAGCGCCAAGGACCCCGGGUAUGGAGGCGGCGAUGACUACUGGCGGGGUGCUGUCUGGGCCAACCUGAACGUGCUGGCGGCGCUGCGGCUGGCAGACCUGGGCCGUGCAACCAACGGUGAGGAGAGCAUCCGGGCGAGGGCCAAAGAGUUGGGGGCGGAGCUGAGAAGGCGACUGGUCGAGACGGUCUACAAGAGCUGGAAGCAAACCGGGUUCGUGUGGGAGCAGUACUCGGACAAGACGGGUGAAGGCAGACGGAGCAGGGCUUUUACGGGCUGGACCGCCUGCGUGAUUUUGCUGAUGGGUGGCGUCGACGGCGGGGUGGCAUCAGGAGGAGGUGCUUCUACAAACGGAGCCCGACGGUCGGGUUGGGGGAUGACAGGGUCGGGUAUGAGCAGGUCGAUGUUUUCGGCCGAGCAAAGGGGCCUCUCUGCGCCCCUGUUUAUCGGGGUCAUGGGGGCCCUGGCGGCGGCUUUCCUUCUCAGGCGCAUGCUUUUUGGGCGCUGGCGUAGGCUGGUAGACCGCGUGCGAGGAACCUUGGGGUAUGUGCAGGUGCCGCACAGGGCUUCGGACUAG